AUGACUUCCGCAACAACAAACGAAGCCUCCCUUAACCGUGCUGAUGAAGUCGAAGACCUUCUCAAUACUAUCCAGGACCUACUUAUCCCAUUUAUCCGCGCCGCCGACGAUGACGCAGACACAAAAUCCAUUAGUCAUAGCCUCCAGAUCGCCGGCGGUAAGCGUACAACCGCUUUAAUCGAGCAAUAUCCUCCGAAGAAAUUAGAACGCAUAUUAAGUCAAGAGCUGCAAAUCGAACAGAGUCAUGCAGAGAUGGGAAAGGGAAAAGAAGGCCUCGUUACGUUGGUGAAAAGCAUACUGAGGUACAGUUUGAACACGUGGCACCACGGGUUCCUCGAGAAAUUGUCUCAAAGCACGAAUGCAGUAGGUGUGGUUAGUGAGCUGGUGUUGGCGGUAUUGAAUACCAAUGUACACAUCUACCAAUGCUCCCCUGUCUUAACUCUCAUCGAAAAGCGCACAACAAAAUAUCUUGCGUCUCUCUUCGGCCUCCCCUCUUCCACCUCAGGAGGAAUAUCCCAACCGGGAGGCAGCACCUCCAACACUACUGCUAUCGUCAUAGCAAGAAACACGCUGUUUCCAUCUACAAAACAGAAUGGCAACGGUAUUCACCGGUUCACAAUCUUCACCUCCACACACGGUCACUACUCUGUCGAAAAAGCAGCGAACCUCCUCGGCCUUGGCUCCCGUAACGUCAUCCUCGUCCCCGUCGACGAACGCGGUUGCAUGAUACCAUCGGAACUGGAGAAAUGCGUACAGGAGAGUAGGGAUAGAGGUGAAACACCCUUCUUCCUUAAUGCAACAGCCGGAACCACAGUCCAGGGCGCAUUUGAUCCUUUCAUUGCUCUCAGUGCAAUCUGUAAGGCUCACAAUCUUUGGUUGCACAUUGAUGGCUCGUGGGGCGGGUCGGUAGUUUUCAACAAAGAAUACCGUUCUUCUCGCCUUGCAGGCGCCCAGUUUGCAGAUUCGAUUACGAUAAAUCCGCAUAAGAUGCUCGGAACGCCAUUGGCUUGCAGUUUCCUCCUCGGAAGGGAUAUGAAUACUUUCCACAAAGCGCUCACGCUACCCGCAGGCUACCUAUUUCAUAAUGAUACAGGUGUUGAUGCACAGGACGUCUACGACCUGGCUGAUCUGACACCACAGUGUGGGAGACGUGCAGAUAGUUUGAAACUGUUCAUGGCGUUGCAGUAUUAUGGUGCAAGGCAUUUCAGCGACCUGGUGGCGAGGGCUUAUGGACAUGCAGAGUACCUUCUACAGAAGUUGAAGAAAAGUGGUGAUUUCGCGACGAUUAGCCCGGAACCGCUGCCAUGUUUGCAGGUGUGCUUUUACUAUGCCAAAGGGGGUACACUUCCGGGAAAUGCGGAUAUGAACAGUAAGACGACGACAGAAAUUGCGCAGAGGUUAAUCAGUCGCGGGUUCAUGAUCGAUUAUGCACCGGGGGACGCAGGCAAGUUCUUUCGCGUUGUGGUCAAUGGUGGUAUGCACACAAGCACCCUGGAUGGUCUUGUGAAGGCACUUGAGGAGACAGGCGCUGAUCUGGGAUAUUAGAUGACUGCAAUAUUUUAUAUGGGACAUCACUUCGGUAUUCAUGUUAUAUGAUGCAUGUGCAUUGUAUUCAUCCUCAUAACAUGCACAUUAGAAGCAGUGUAGAACGCAUUAGGAUAAACAUAAGCGCUGG